CCCAGAUCCUUCUCUUCAGCCCUAGCAAACAUUCAAUCCUACAACAUCAUUUCCAUUCUUAUGUUCUUUUUAAUUCGGCAGAAGUAUUGACUCUUCACUUCCAGUAAUAUUCGCAAUGAAGGGCUGGAAGUUUCCUAUUAGAAGCAAAAAGCUUAAAGCCCAAGAGACUACUGAGGCUUCUAUCUCAACAAUCCCAAAAGAGAGCCCAGCCCAAAAAGGACUUGUUAUGGCAGGCAAUGCCUUAUCAUCUGUCGCUUUGCCAUACCAACCACCUCCAUCGAAAGACGCACAGAUUGCACCCGAACAAAAACAGGCAGCGGGACACGAAGAAAGAAUUGCUAAAGCCCUGUGGGACCGAGUGCUACUGCUAGUAAACGACUCAAAAGACCGAGAUGCCAUAUAUCUGAUCGACGAAAUCGAAAAACAUGUUCCCAAGGAUGACUCUCCUAAGGCUAGACCGAUAGUCAUGACAGACUUGGUGUCAAGCGUCAAAGAGGCGAUGGAGCAUCAAUUUAAGGAUAAGCACGGUCAUAAUUCGACGUCUGCCUAUGUUGAAAAGACUAUUUCCAUCCUCAACCAGUUCAUCUCAGUAGGUGAUGUUGCAGUCAGCUAUGAUCCAGUACAUGCAGCCCUCCCCUGGGCUGCUGUACGAGUGGUCCUUGUGAGCAUUACCUCGAAUCAUCAGUUAAAUAUACAAAUAUUAGGAGGAUUGGCUUCUGUUACUUCACUGCUCCUCCAAUGCAACAUGUAUCAAAGGUUAUACUUGACUUCCAGCUCUACCAUGGAUGGUAUCAAGGAGGCUCUAGAGGCUCUCGAAAAAUCCCUUGUCGAUUCAUACGCCAACUCUUUGUUUUUCCUCGGCUUUCUGUAUUCUCAUCGAAACAAAUCUAUGGCAAUAAUAGCUCCAUUUUUACUCAACGACGUGGAGAAGAAAGUUAAAAGUCUCGACGAGAGCAGUUCCCAACUUACUAAAUGUGCAGACGACUGUGAGAGGUUCUGUUCUUUCAAUCGGAACAAAUCCUCCCAAAAGCUUUUUGAGGUCAUUGAUAAAUUACAGCACUCGUCAAAUUACCACUUAAUAUUGCUUGAAAGUAUACAAAGGGAAUUCAUUCUAAGUAAGCUUCAAGUUGCUCAAGGAGCAGCUUAUGAUGACUUUUCCGAAGCAUCCAGAGAUGAAUGUCACCCUGACACGCGGCUUGAAAUACUUGACACCAUAUAUAAGUGGGCGGCCGAUCCUUCUAGUCCUUGCAUUUUCUGGUUACAAGGGUUGGCCGGAACGGGCAAAUCAACCAUAGCGCAGACAGUAGCAAAAGGUCUUGACGGGAAAAGUUUGGGCGCAAGUUUUUUCUUCAAAAGAGGCGAGGGCGACCGUGGAACGGCUCGGCGGUUUUUUGCAACAAUUGCGAGCCAAAUGAUCCGCAAGCAACCUAUUCUGACGCAGGUUCUCCAUGGCAUACUUCAGGAAGAACCCGAGAUCGGAAGCAAACUGCUUGAGACUCAGUUUCGAGAACUGUGGGCUCGUCUUCUCAAGGAGGUUCAUAUGGAGCCUACUCCGGAGCAGACGACGAUUGUGGUCGUUGUUGAUGCACUCGACGAAUGCGAUCCGCCACAGGAUGCAAAGCUUUUGAUCAAACUACUAACGGCGCACAAUAUGGAUUCUCCUGUUAAAAUCAAGAUAUUUCUCACCAGCAGACCAGAAUAUCAUAUAAAUCAGCAGUUCAAUAUUGCAGACAGUAUCCGUCAGAAUAUGAUACUACAUCGGGUGGAAGAAACUAUAAUCCAGAGCGACAUUAGGAUUUUCUUAGAGAACGACAUACAGGAAUACAAACUAGAGUAUAACCACAAUGAAGAAAAGAUGGAGCAAGAUGAACGGCUUCCAGUGGACUGGCCUGGAAAAAAGACACUCGAUCGACUAGUACAAAUGGCGAGUCCUCUAUUCAUCUCUGCUGCAACGGUAUCUCGAAUGCUCAGGAACGACCAGUGGCCAGCGACGCCUGAUCAAAAGAUUGAAUACAUAUUGAAGUUCAGUACAAGAGGGGAAGGUCAUGUGGAAGACUUGUACCGUUCAAUUUUGGCUCAAAUCAUGGAUAAAAUUCCAAUUCAUGCCAGAGACAAGUUUACCGUUGAGUUUCAGAAAAUUGUUGGGUCGGUUAUUCUUCUUGCCAGCCCUCUAUCUGUUUCUGCCCUCUCCGAUUUGAUUGGGUUUCAAAAGAGUGAAAUAUACAGCAAACUAAACCCCCUUUCUUCUGUGCUGGAUGUCCAAUCUGCGGAUACGCCGAUCAAAUUAUUCCAUCUUUCAUACCGGGAUUUUUUAUUAGAUGAGAAUUCGUUUAUUAGCGAGAACGGCAUGUCCUGCCGAGGAUUACGAAUCGAAGAAGCAACAAUUCAUGCGUGGCUAGCAGAGCGAUGUGUACAACUGCUAUCGACAGCUUUGCAUAAUGAUAUCUGCAAUCUUGAGGACCCAGGCGUGGCCAGGGGGGAUGUCAAACAAGACACAAUUGAAAGAAAUUUGCCCCAGGCUAUAGCUUACGCAUGCAUCUAUUGGGUUCACCAUGUUCAAGAGCGAAAGAUAGUGCUCCAAGAUGGAGGACCAGAGCAUAAAUUACUUGAAGCCAAGAUACUAAAUUGGAUCGAAGCAUUGAUCUGGCUUGGAAGAAUCAACGAAGGGGUUGACCUCAUACUUGCCUUGAAGACACUUGCCGAUAGAUACCAUUGUUUGGAGCUAUCAAAAUUGCUCCAGGAUGCCAACAGAUUUAUCCUCUCUUGCAGACAAGCAAUUCAAGAAGCACCAUUGCAAAUCUAUAAUUCAGCACUCGUUUUUUCGCCAACGAAUAGCAUUGUUCGGAAGACUUUUGAAUCAGAUGGUCCAACUUUUAUCAAACAGAUGCCUCAGGUCGAUUCUGAUUGGUCGGCUUGCGUCCAGACCUUAGAAACUACAGACUAUGAAGACUCUUUGUCGAACCUCAUCUUUUUGUCCAACGAGAAAUUGAUAAUCAGCGGCUACGGCAGCGGUGUCGAGAUCUGGGACCUGAAGACGGCCUCUUGCCUCUAUGAGUUCGAUACCAAGGGAGGAGAGAUAGGGGACUUUCUUGUAUACCCAAAUGGCGGAUUCAUAAUUAUAGAAAGAGACUGUGUAGAGCUUUGGGACAUCGAAAAUCAACAAUGUCGACGAAUAUUCCUGCCUCGUCAGAACUCUGGACUUGUAUCCUCAUCGGUUACCGGAGAUACUCUAUCCAUCUUAUCAUCAGACAGAUCUUACACAGCCAUCAAUUUACCAUCUGGUGAAUCUACACGUGUUCAACUCAGUGCGUUUCCUAGUUCCGGGUUUACGAAAGCAUACAUUUCUCAAGAUGGCAAAUGGGCUGCCUUUUUCGAUUCAUUUAACAUCGUUACAUGGGAUCUCCAGGCUAGUAUGAUUUACCGAGAAUUCAAAAGUGAAAUGCACAAGAUUGCUAAAGUUAUCUUCGACCACGAUGGACACAGUCUAAUCAUUGGAUAUGAAAGAGGCGAUAUUCAGUUCUUAAAUACCAAGACGGGAGAAACUGAAUUUUUUUUUAACGGACAGGUUGGAUGGGUUACAGCGCUCAUGCCAUCUCAUAAUAAAGAGAUACUCGCAGUUUCAGGCGGUCAUGGGGCAAUUGCGAUCUGGGAUGUCAAAAACCAAAUUUUACGACACUUUCUUACCGGCCACCCAGAUUCGAUCUGGAACAUGGCUUUCUCUCCAGACGAAACAAUGCUUGCAUCCUACUCAACUGACCUGAUCAAAAUAUGGGACUUGCAUACUGCACCUUCUAUAAAUUCUGAGUCUCGUGUUACCAGUAACAUUACAAAUAUGUCUCUGGACUCGAAGGGUCAAACGCUCUAUUAUUCAAACAAGUCCACUAUUAGCAUACUGGAUCUGAAAGAUAUGAGCUGCAGACAAUUGGCUAUCAGCAAACCCGAUGACUCGGUGCUCCGCGUUGCAUUUUCAAGUUUCAAGCCCUUGGCGGCAGUCCUGUUUGACCAAUACAUAGAGGUUUGGGACUUGACCCAGUAUCGUCAGAUGCCGAUAUUGCAGAAUAUACCAGUACCAAGGACGUCUAUUGAUGGAUCUGAGAACUGGACAAACUUACAAUGUGUUUUCUCCAAGGACAAUCGGAUUUACAUGUCCAGCUCCUACCCCUCUACUAGCCGUUGUCCGUCUGAGGUGUAUAUUUUGGAUUUUGCUGCCGGCAAUUCUAGGAGAUUAUUGAAGACAUGUGAAGCGUACAUUUGGAAAAUUAUCACAUCAUCGGAUGGCGCGAAAGUGGCAUUCAUCGAAGGGGGGUUCUUUCGGCCGACACAAAUUCGUAUUGAGGAUUUUUCCACGGGUCAUCUAAUACCUGUGUCUAUUAUCCACGCAGAUCUGGCAGAUCUCACCAACCCAUACGCAACAUUUUCAGCGCAGGGGACGCAGUUAAUCGCCAUUGCGCGAAACGGGCUUAUCGAGAUGUUUAAUACGUUGACAGGAGCAAAAAUUCUAAGUCUCUAUCCUCAUCCAGGCAUAAAUACCGACUAUAUGCAUUUUGAGUUUCCUUUAGCCUAUGUCAACGUAGAUGUUACUGUCAACGAGGAUAUGCCUAUUGAGAAAGCCAGACAGUCAAUCUUAAAGAAGUAUUGGAUAUCUCCAGAUAAAAACUGGCUGAUGAGAGAUUCGAAGAGAAUAUUAUGGAUACCUCCAGAAUAUCGCCCAUCUCAUGUUUUUGUAUCUCAAUCUCAGUUUAUUCUAGGGUGUGGGGGCCGGAUUAUUACAAUGGUACUUGACGGAUUAUAGUAUAGCAGUUGCUUCUUUAAUAAUUAAAGGGAAAUCCUAGCCAGCAUCCCGUGUCUCACACAUAGGUAGUGCUAAUACAGGGGAACGCCUGUUCAGCCCCCAACUGCGCUAUCCAGCAUCCCGUGUCGCAAAUAAUAUCAAAUCAAUACUAGACG